UCACUAUUUUUAAUUUUUUUUUUUUUAGCAUGCAUAAAAUUAAAAACCCAUUAAGAGAAGACUUUAAUUAUCUCCAAAAAAAUAUUUUAAUUCUUGUCAACUGAGACGACCCACGUCUGGUUCUUCUUCCCUGUACAAAUUUUCUUGCCUUGCAGGACCAUUUCCAUUGUCUCCAAUAAGAGUUCUCCGGGUGGCCAUUUUAUUAUUGUUAUUGCUUUUAUUUUCAAUCAUUUCUCUCCCCCUUAGACAGCAUCCUCCUUUUUUUUUUAAUUUCUCAAUGAACUGGCAGCAUCUUUGCUUGGAUUAUAAAAGCUUCAACUCUUCUUUUUUGCUUUUGGCUCUCCAAUUCUCAAGAAUUCACUUGUUGCUUGCUUAAUCUGCUGCAAGAUUUGCCAAUAUGGGAAGACAACCUUGCUGUGAUAAGAUUGGUUUAAAAAGAGGUCCAUGGACUAUUGAGGAAGAUCACAAGCUCAUGAACUUUAUCCUUAACAAUGGUAUCCAUUGCUGGCGCAUGGUUCCUAAGCUUGCAGGUUUGCUGCGAUGUGGAAAGAGCUGCAGACUGCGAUGGAUUAAUUACCUGAGGCCUGAUCUUAAGAGAGGAAGCUUUACAGAAAUGGAAGAGAAUCAAAUUAUUCAGCUUCACUCUCGUCUUGGCAAUAGGUGGUCUAAGAUUGCUUCCCACUUCCCUGGUCGUACAGACAAUGAGAUCAAGAACCAUUGGAAUACUCGAAUCAAGAAGAGGCUAAGGCAAAUGGGUUUAGAUCCUGUGACUCACAAGCCAAUUGAGCAAAUGAAUAAUGAGACAACGCCAGUGUCUCAUGAUGAUCAAGCCAUGAUCAGUGAUUGCUUGGUAACAAAGAAAGCUGAUGAGAAAAGAGAUGGGGAAGAUGAGAUAGUGGCAAUGGAUGAUGAAAAAUCUGAUCUUUUAAGCAAUUAUGAAAUGUUAUGUGGAAGCUUGGAUUUGGGAUCAUGGAUUAACCAGCUAGAAACCAAUACUGCUUCUUACAGUUCUUCAUUGUCUGCAGAUGAAUCUAAUAAUGUUUCAUUUGGUGAGUCUUCAUCAGUUCAGGACAUGGAUUCUGUUCUUUCAUGGGGAAGCUUCAAUCAUCUAGUUGAUGAUAUUUUUUUCAUGGAAAAUAGCCAGCAGUGUAACAUACCAACUGAUUCUGUCUUCAAGUACUGUUAAUUUCCUGAUAAAAUUAAAAAAAAAUUGAAAGAAAAUUGACCAAAUGAUGAUUGUGACCGAGUGUUAUAGAUAUCUUUUCACCCCUUAUUAUUUGAAGCAUUUUUUUUUUCUUCA